AUGCUCUUCAGCAAUGUCGUAGUUCUCCUGGCCGCGAAUCUUGCCACAGGCACUGCUGUCGCCGUAGGCACCUCAUCAGAUGUGACCAACCUCGACGCCACAGACCUCCAGCGCCGCGCCGCUUGUGCCCCGGCCGGGGUCGUCAACGGCCAGUGCGGCCGGUACUACCGCGGGACCAGCUGCAGCGACCAGAUCGGAGCGAUCGGACCUGGCAGAUGCAGCGGACAAUGCUACUACUCCUCCGACGCCAUCGCCAGCCUCAGAGCCGUCGGCGACGGGACCUACGGGACCAACUGUCACCUGUACUACGACAACAAUUGCCAAAACCAAAUUGGCGAGACUGGAAACGCUAUAGUUGGCGGCGGGAAGUGCUAUACACCUCCGAGCGGGAGGACUGGGCAUAGCUUCUUGUGCUGGUACAGGUGCUAG